AUGAUAGCUGUCGAACCGUAUUCAGUCGAUCUCCUAUGGAUAUUGAUAGUCGGUUUCAUUGUUGCCUUUGUAUUAGCAUUUGGUAUUGGAGCGAAUGAUGUAGCUAAUUCAUUUGGUACAAGUGUUGGUAGUAAAGUGUUAACAUUGAAACAAGCAUGUAUUCUAGCAACAAUAUUCGAAAUAUUGGGAUCAAUUUUAAUUGGAGCGAAAGUAUCUGAUACGAUAAGGAAAGGUAUUAUUGAUCCAACGACAUUUGAUAAUCCUAAAGAAUUAAUGCUUGGUCAACUUUCAUCAUUAAUUGGUUGUUGCAUUUGGUUAUUAGUUGCCACAUUUUUCAAUUUACCGGUAUCUGGUACACAUAGUAUUGUCGGUGGAACCAUUGGCUUUGCUCUCAUUUCUCAAGGAUCAAACAGUAUAAAAUGGAGUGUCUUUGCUAAAAUUGGGGCUUCAUGGUUUGUUUCACCUGCAUUAGCUGGUAUUAUAUCAGUAGUUUUCUUUAUUCUUAUUCGAAAAUUUAUUCUUGAAAAAGAGAAUUCAAUGACUGUGGGUCUUCGUUGGCUACCUAUUUUCUAUGGCGUAACAAUCAUGCUUAACGUUUUUUCAAUAAUUCAUUCAGCACCACCAAUGUUAUAUUUCGAUCGUAUUCCAUUAUGGGGAAAUUUCAUAAUAACAAUUAGUGUUGGACUUAUCAUUGGUCUUGGUGUUAUGAUAUUUGUUAAGCCACGUUUAAAACGAAGCAUUGAAGCAACAUUAAGAAAGAAACGUGGAGUCGACCACAAUUCAGAAGAGAAACCACAAUUAACUAAAACUGAAGGUCGUUUUGAAACAUAUACUGUGUCUCGUCUUGAAAAUGUCAAUACGAGUGAUAAAGAAACACAAAUUGAUCAUAUAUCUAUGCUUAAAGAAUAUGAUUUAAUACGUUAUCAACAACAACAUCCCGAUCAAUUUCGUCCUUAUGUUGAAAUGCAACGUAUACGAAAAGAUUCCGAAACAUCAAAUUCUGUCUAUAGCGCAGUUGGUCGUGGCCGUCGAGAAAAUGAACGUUUUCGUUAUGAAUUACUUGCAUCAGAUAAUCCGAACACAGUGGCACAUCGAAAUGUUGCUAAUCAACCAGCUAUUCGUGAAAAAACAAAGAUUUAUCGUUUACCUCAAUAUCCAAACUCGCCAGUGAUUUCCGGUUCAGCACCUACUGAGGUUAAAAGUUUAUUACUUACUUCUGAUGACGAUAAUAUUUCAACAACAUCAGCAAAUCAUUUGAGUUCAAACGAAGAUAUAGAUGAAGUCGAAGACAAAAUGCCAGAAAUACCAACAAAGAAGAAAAAAGUUGAUACAACGAAUGACUCAUUGGAAAUUGCUAGUAUUUUUAAAUAUUUACAAAUUCUUACAGCUAUAUUCGGUGGAUUUGCCCAUGGUGGAAAUGAUGUCAGUAAUGCAAUUGGCCCAUUGAUUGGUCUUUGGUUAAUCUAUGUCGAAGGAAAUGUUGUUGCAAAAUCAGCAACACCAUUAUGGGUUCUUUUCUAUGGCGGUCUUGGAAUAUCAGUUGGUCUUUGGGUUUGGGGUCGUCGUGUUAUUCGAACAAUCGGUGAAGAUUUAACUAAAAUUACACCGUCAAGUGGUUUUAUAAUUGAAAUCUCAACUGCAUUUACAGUACUUGUAGCAUCGAAUUUAUCAAUUCCAAUUAGUACAACGCAUUGUAAAGUUGGUAGUGUCGUAGCAAUUGGUCGCGUUCGUUCAAGACAAAGUGUCGAUUGGUCUUUAUUUCGAAAUAUUAUUGUUGCAUGGAUUGUCACAGUUCCUGUUACUGGUGGCAUUUCAGCUGGCAUUAUGGCUCUUUUUCGUUACUUUUUUCUAUAG